AUGAUAUCACCAAAUUUCUUUCAAAUAUCUGAUAAUCGGCUUUUCCAGGGUGCUAUUGGGGUUGCUGGAAUAACUGGACCGGAUGGAGAACCAGGAAUACCGGGAGCUGUUGGACCGCUUGGAGCCAGAGGAGAUGCUGGAUUCCCUGGGAUUGACGGAGACCCUGGACCUAAAGGACAAACUGGGCCCCCAGGCUAUCCAGGAAGUACGGGGGGUAUAGGUGAUGUCGGUGGAACAGGUGCCCAAGGAUCAAGAGGUCCAAAAGGUCGAAGCGGAAGGACUGGAGCUGAGGGAGAGAGAGGAGAAGAUGGUGAUGUGGGUCAAAUGGGAACAAUGGGUCGACCAGGGAAGGAUGGCGAAAUGGGUCAGCAAGGCAAGAGCGGAUUUUCUGGAACAGUCGGAAAUCGAGGACAACAAGGUAUGCCAGGUGAGCAAGGUACGCCGGGAGAUGUGGGUGCACAGGGUGUUACCGGUCAAACAGGUUCCCCGGGGGCACCCGGUAUUGCGGGACAAAAAGGCUCUAAUGGCAAUCCGGGCUCUUCCGGUGACGUUGGCUACACUGGUGCUACUGGGGAUACGGGUCCUCAGGGACCCCAAGGAAAAAACGGAGAACUGGGAGAACAAGGACCAGGGGGUGAAAAAGGAGCCGAGGGUUCCGGGGGUGACUUCGGACCACCGGGAGAACAAGGAGAGCAAGGCCCCCCUGGAGAGCAGGGUGCCCCAGGGGAUACUGGGCCGACAGGACCACAGGGAGGCCUUGGUUCAGAAGGACUUCCCGGUAAAGCUGGAUCCCAGGGAGCCAAAGGAAAACAGGGUGAAACAGGUGUCCAAGGAGGCACAGGGUCGCCAGGUUCUGCCGGUAAAAAUGGUAGCCCGGGUGGGCUUGGUUCCCCUGGUACUUCAGGUUACACAGGAUCAAUGGGAGAAGCAGGCGCUCAAGGUGAAAGAGGGUCAAUCGGCGAGAAAGGAUUGCAGGGAAUUGUUGGAAAUCGAGGCUCAAGAGGAUCUCGAGGUCAAGCGGGCAUGCAGGGGGUACCAGGAACACAAGGCCUUACAGGAUCACAAGGAGAGCGGGGUGGUAGAGGUCGAAGAGGAUCGCAAGGAAAGGCGGGAAAACCUGGAACUCCUGGAGCGCUUGGCGAAAAUGGCACACCGGGAACAUCAGGCCAGAUGGGCCCUUCAGGAGUUUCUGGACCUACUGGAAUGCCUGGAGAAAAAGGAGCUCAGGGUGAGGAAGGUCCCCAAGGAACUCGUGGUGAGGCUGGACCAAUUGGGGCAAAGGGUGAGUCAGGACCAACUGGGAACCAAGGCUCACGUGGAUCGAUGGGAGAGCAGGGAAUUGAAGGCCCUGCUGGAGAAAGUGGAUCAACUGGAGAAGAUGGUGAUCAGGGACCCACGGGGACUCCAGGAGAUGUUGGAAAAGCUGGUUCUUCUGGAUCGGAGGGUGCAAAGGGAAAUGCUGGAACAAGUGGCCUGCCUGGAAGAACGGUACCUCUAAUUAAGAACUAACAUCCUUU